AAAGGAAGAAAGGGACGAAACGGUGUGUAACGGGUAACGAAAACAUCAGUCCACCAUCCACGAAAGAUUGAUCCUCGUACGUGACGUAAAAAGGCCGAUCGAGCAUGGAAAUUCGCACCUAUACGGAUACGAUUCGAGAAAAAUAUAAAACGAUAGGUUAAUCGGUGGCUCCGAGAUAACACGGCGAAGACGCGUAGUUCGAUACAGAGAUGGGCAAAAUUUCACUCGAAUAAUAGAUGACGAAUAAAAUCAACGCGUAAAGAUUGAAUCGAUCAAUUUUUAUUCAUUCAUCGCGAUAUAAAUCGUUCUUUAAUUCAGAAUUGUCAUUUUCCGUCGACGAAGAAAAUACUGAGGACACUUGCUUAUCUCUUUAGAUUAGUCGUUUGAAAUUUGUAUCUAGAUAACAAUUUUGCCCAUCUCUGGGCUUCGAAGUGGGAACGACAAAAGGUAGAGAAGAGGAGGUGGAAGUGGAAGUGGAGGUGGUAGGAGUAGUGCUAGUGGUGGUGGUAUAUACUACGGGAGAACCAGGAGGUGGAGAAGGCUUGCCAGCCGCCGGAAGAGCAUCGACGGCGACGGGGGUGGGGAAGCUGUCCACCGAACGGAACGACCGCUCGGCGAUACGAACGGCGAGUCGAACGGUUUCCCAAACGGAUACGGACAUACCAACCUUCGACGAUAUUCGCCGAUUUUCUGCCUAGUCGGUAUCCAGCGAAGAAGAGGGAAGGAGGAGGAGGGGCAGGAGGAGGCGGUGGUGGUGGCGGUGGUGGAGGUGGCGGCGGCGGCAACGACGGCGUCGGUGGUUGAAAAAGUGGAGGAGGAGGAGGAAGAAGGGAGAGUAACAGCGAAAAAUAAUAUAAAAUAAGGGGGAAAGAAGGGAUAAAUUCAAGGAAAUAGUAGGAGAGCAAACUCGUUAAGGAUGGCGGACACGAGUGAACAGCAAACGUUGUCCGAGCCACACACGAACGGAGUAAUGGACGGUUUGACGGAAGAGGAGAAAAGUAAAAUGAGGCCUGCCGACAUCGACGCGGAUAUGAGAGAGAUGGAGAGGAGAAAGAGAGUCGAGAUGAUGAUGAAUUCGAGACUCUUCCGAGAGGAAUUAGAACGUAUUAUCGAGACACAGAUGAAAGACGGUGCUGGGCCAUCUGGCCUAUUGCAGCAAAUCUCGGACAUGAUGGGUGCGCAAGGUGCUCGGUUCAACGCAAACGUGUUCAAAAAUACGAAUUGUGUAUUACCUAUCAACGACAUACGCGGUGUCGAAAGCAUGGGCUACGCGAAGGGAGAGAAACUGUUACGCUGCAAGUUAGCGGCGGUGUUCAGAUUGCUAGAUCUUUACGGUUGGACUCAAGGUGUCGGUGGGCAAGUCACAGCCCGCUUGAAUCAGGAUCAAGAACACUUUUUAAUUAAUCCGUACGGACUGCUUUACCAUGAGGUCACCGCCUCGAGUUUGGUCAAAGUUGACAUGCAAGGGGCGAUCGUGGAACAGGGAACAACCAAUUUCGGCGUUCACGUGACAGGAUUUCAGUUGCAUUCGACGAUCCAUGCUGCAAGGCCUGAUAUCAAGUGCAUCGUUCAUAUUACCACUCCGUCCGUUACUGCUAUCUCGUCGCUAAAAUGCGGAUUGUUGCCAAUCGGACAAGAGAGUAUAGUAAUAGGGGAAGUGAGCACGCAUCAGUACAUAGGCGGAUCCUUCGAACCGGAAGAGAAAGAGAAGAUAGCUAGAAAUCUUGGACCUGUGAACAAAGUGAUGCUGUUGACGAAUCGCGGCGCUCUCUGUUGCGGAGAGACCGUUGAGGAAGCGUUUUACAACGUUUACAACAUGGUGAUGGCCUGCGAGACGCAACUGAAGAUGAUGCCCGCCGGCCUUGAGAAUUUAAAUCUUAUUUCCGAAGAAUCGAAGAAAGCUAUAUUCGAGGCCUCGAGAAAACCCCCUACACCGCAGCACACGGCUCAGAUCUCCGAAAGCUCGGCUCUCGCUGAAAAACUUGAGAAACGUUGGCGAAUCGGCGGAACUGAAUUCGAAGCGCUCAUGCGGAUGCUGGAUAAUGCUGGAUUCCGUACGGGUUACAUAUACAGGAAUCCGUUGGUGAAAGGAGAUCCUCCGCGACCUCGAAAUGACGUUGAAGUUCCACCAGCAGUUUCGUCUCUGGGGUAUCUACUCGAGGAAGAGGAACUAUAUAAACAAGGACUCUGGAAAGGUGGUCGCAAAGGCACUGACAGGUCACGUUGGCUGAACUCGCCCAAUGUGUAUCAGAAGGUCGAAAUUCUCGAGACGGGAACUCCUGAUCCGAAAAAAAUUACAAAGUGGGUGUCUGACGGCUCUCCGACCCACAGCAGUACGCCGGUGAAGAUCGACGGUGCUCUUCAAUUCGUACCGAAGAAUACCAAUCCAAAGGAGUUUAAACAAUUACAGCAACAGAUCAAAGAUUACCGUAGGGCAGACAAGAUAUCAGCUGGACCACAAUCUCACAUAUUGGAGGGUGUUACGUGGGAAGAAGCUAAGAAAAUGCAGGAUGCCACCAUCAGCGGAACUGGAGAGCAAGUAGUAUUGGUAGGGGCGGCCAGCAAAGGUAUUAUUCAACGUGGCUUUCAGCACAAUGCGAUGGUCUACAAAACUCCAUACGCCAAAAAUCCAUUCGAUGCCGUUACCGAUCAGGAACUCGACCAAUAUAAAAAAGAUGUGGAACGUAAACAGAAAGGGGAUCCAUACGACGAGUCGCAGUCUGAAUCGGAGGCAUUGUCAUCCUUCAACGCUAGCCGCACAACUCAUGAAUCGAGCACUGCCAAAAGUCCGAUUCAAUCACCGGUAUCGAUAACUUCGGAGGCGGAAGAAGAAAGCAGAGACGAACCCCGAGUACUGCGAAUAGAAACGAAACAAGUGCCUGCACCGAGUCAACCCGAAGUUGUGUUGAGCGACGAUUCGUGUAGCAGAUAUUGCUGUCGAAACAAAUAUGACUACGAGUACGAGAAUGAAGUCUGCAUUUACUGCGAUCAUCGUAAUCGGCAAUUUUCGAGAUUCUGUCGGCAAGAACCAUGGUUAGAAAUUGCUCGAGCCGAUGUUAUCGCGUUACGCAUGAAACCAACGAUAGUUGACUACGUUCCAAUUUUACAAUCCAAGAUUAGCUCCAUGCUUGACGUGGAAUGUAAAUUUUUCGAAAACAUUUCUUGUUCGAUUCAUCGCGAGGAGAAAGAACGCCUGGAAGAGCCAUCUAACGGAUCGGGGAGAAGAGGUAACUGUAAAGUAAUAAACAAUGAAGAUUUAGACCCUCUCAAGGAGAAAAUCGAUAAAGAAAAUAGAAAAAUGCAAGAUCACAUCUCGAGUGACCGAGGUAUAACCCAAACCAUUAACUUAUUGGACGAGAAAGUUACUGAAGAGGAUAGAAUACAAGAUUACAAUUCGACUGGUGCUAAUUUAGAGGAACAGAUCCUGGAAUUAAUGAAGAUCGAUUUGAACAUUUCUACGUUGAAAGCAAAUUCCACUCCUCUUUCUUCUCGUUUCAAUUUUGAAGUCUCGACCAAAUACAACUUACAUUCCACCGACAUGAGUAUAUUGUAUAGUUUGACGCCACUUAUAGAUUCCGAGUAUCCAGAAAAUGUCGAGGAGGCCACGAUAGCAGAAUCGCAAUCGCCAUUGCCAACAAAUGAAUGCAAUAAUAACGUAGAUCACACGCUACAAUCAAACGAAAAAGAAAUCUUUGAGCACAAACAGCAACAAUUAAAAGAGAAGGAACGCGUGUUCGAAGAAGCUUUUGACGAUUGCAUCUGGCUGGACGAUUCCUUCAGCAACAACGAUACAUACAACAUUCCGAACAGUCUUUCGUCCGACGACGAAAUUCCCGAAAUUGCUUCGACCGAACGAUCAAGUGAAAUGAACUUGGAAACUGACACCCUUUUGGAGAUGCUCAAGAUAAACGGUGAAAAUUUUCGAAGCAACAUCAGCGACAGCGCGAACGAGAUCAUCGCCCAACUGGACGCGAACGAUACUUAUACGAGUAUCAAUUGCCUGGUUGCUGAGAUUUUUGAAAGAGUCUGCACUCUUUGUAGCGUGCACUUGAUUAGCCAACAUAAUACUUACAGAUCCUCUUCGAUGUCAUCCUCGCCCACACGCUCACUGUCGUCAACGUUAUUAUCAAUUUUUAAAGACGAAGAGUAUCAGUCAAAGGAAUGCUCAAGGGCUCAGAAAUCUUCGUUGAUCGAGGACCAAGAUGGAAGCUUACCUGUCUUUGUUGUACGCGAAAUCGUUCACCACGUAGUCGAUCUAAACGACGAAUCUGAACGCAAACGUUCAAACAUCACCGACACGACGAAUUGUUCCUUCAAGAAAGCUAAAGACACUGCAAACGUAGAACUUAAGGAAGCGCGAAAUGCCAUCAGCGAAGAGAUGGAAUUCUUUUACUUAGAGCAACAGAUUAAUAAUUUAACUACUAGUACUGACCAGAGGAAAGAUGAAAUAAUUUCUUCUUCGAUAAAUUUGAGCAAUAUAGGUAUAGAAAACGAAUCAUCUGUAACUUUGGGACAAUGUGAAACAACAGAAACGGAUGCUGUCUUCGAAUUUUGCACGAUAGCGAAAAGAAACUCUAAGGACGUCGACGAUAAAACGUUUGAAUUAAAUUUUCGAGUCGAGUCGAAUUGCGACGCUGCGACCAAUGUUGAUAAUGAAGGACUAAAUGAAAUCAAUGACUCUCCUCUAAACAGUUCCUAUAUAAAAUUAUUAUUAUCGAGGUCUUCUUCAAAUUCUGAAAAUGAUAAAGACGUAGAAGGUGAUUGUUUGGAUAAUUCACUCAAAAGUAGCGAUAUAGAAACCGAAUUUUUAAAAGUCGAUAAAUUCUGCAAUCACAUGGAGACUUCCAAGCCUUCCGAGUUAUGCUCUGAGUGCAUCUACUGUGCAGUUAACGACAAUCAAACACGUUCUCUGCCUCCCAUAGACGAAGAAAGCGAAGAGACGAGUGGAAAUUUACUGGACCAAUUGUUAAACACUAACCUAACCAAUGGGGUAGUUCAACAGGAAAAAGAAAAUGAUUUCAAUGAUACUUUCAAGUGUCUUGACGACAUCGAAAGCGACGAGGAAUUCUUCGAAUGCAAUUCGGGAAGUUCGAAGAACAGGAGGUUGUCCAAGUCAACUCCACUGAACAGCCCAAGAUCUUUUCAUUCGAGCGCGACCAUUAGCUUAAACGAAGACGCGUGCUAUCUUCCUUUGGAACUCGCUUAAUCCUUUGAUUAAAAAACGUAGCUGUACUCGUUAGCUUGCUUGCAAAUCGUACAAUGAUGUACCUUUUUUAUGUUAAGUAAUGAUAAUUAUUUCUCGCGUUUUUCUAGUCUAUGGGCACGUUCCUGCAUAUAUUUAUCAUUUCAUAUACAUGUCUAUACAUGAAUUUAAGGCUAUAUGCAUUGUGGCAUGUGAUGUAAGAGGUAUUCUAUCCGUAUUCUUUGUUAUGAUUCUCACAGCUACACGAGUAUGUCUAUUUUAAUAUACGUACAAAAUCAUAGAUUCUAACAUACAUUUUUUUUUUUUUUUCGUUCACUUUGAUUUUCAACUCAACGUACUCUAGCGUACUCGCCGAUGUGACAAACUCUGUCACGUAAUCAUAAAACAAUAUUUACAUAACAUUAUUGCAACGGCAAUGUGAUAAACAAUUGCGAGCAUGCUUGUUCUUUAAAUUAAUCACUUGCAUUGCCAUUUUGUCUUGUUCGUGUCUUACUCCCAGUGUUCCACGGUUAUUUACUUCUUUAUGUUCUACAUUUAUUUUUGUAUUUCGUACCUGUAUCGUACGCCGAGCGUACACUAUGUCUACGAAAUAAAUGUUCUCACACAAAAAGCUUGGAAAAAAAAGAGAAAGGUUUAGAAAUGGAACUUU